AUGUCUACAAGCGAAAAACCCCGUGGUCAUGACAGCGCGAAUGGCGAACACCAUCACCACGACAUGCGCAAGCCGCAUCUCAGUGUGGUGGAGGGCCACCUGGUCGCCGCGUCAGCCGAGUUCGUCGGCACCUUCUUCUUCCUAUUUUUCGGCUAUGGCGGCCAGCUCAUGGUGGUCCUACAGGGUGCCAAUUCAGCUCCGGAUGGCUCGCUCAGCGCCGAGGGUGUUGUCUUCAUCGCGCUGACCUACGGCUUCUCCCUCCUCGUCAAUGUCUGGACGUUCUACCGCAUCAGCGGCGGGCUAUUCAAUCCCGCAGUCUCCAUUGGACUGUCUCUCGGCGGCCAGUUGCCUUGGAUGCGGUCUCUGUUCUUGAUUCCGGCACAGCUCUUGGCCUCCAUGUGUGCCGGAGGACUAGUCGAAGUCAUGUUUCCCGGAAAAGUUUUUCAAGCCAAUUCAUUGCUUGGAAACAAGACCACCGUGGCCCAGGGCCUCUUCCUCGAGAUGUUCUUCACAGCCCAACUGGUUAUAGUCGUGUUCAUGUUGGCUGCUGAAAAGUCCCGCGACACCUUCCUCGCACCAAUUGGUAUCGGCCUUGCUCUCUUUAUGAUCAUGAUUCCCGGGACAUUUGUCACGGGAGGAUCACUCAAUCCGGCCCGUAGCUUCGGAUGCGCCGUGGCCGGGAGACAGUUUCCCGAUUAUCACUGGAUUUACUGGCUCGGGCCGACAUUAGGAGCUGCACUUGCCGCCGCCUACUACAGUUGGCUGGAGGGCAUGGUGGCCAUGGGUUACAUGGUUUACAUGGUUUACAUGGACUGA